CAGCAGGCGGUGUGAGUGAGGAUUUAAUAAAAUCCAACUGGAGCAAGAAAUCUCAAGCACAAUGGGUUCGGGAGAGUCAUUCAAGAAGAAAACAACGGAAGCCACAAUAUAAGUAAAGGAACCAAUUAACUUGUGAUCCUCUUCGGCAUUAUAAAACACAGAGAGAAAGAAAAGAUAGACAGCCAAAUGAAGCUCUGCGAAGGAUCACAGCCUUUGAGCUAUACAGCGAAGAAGAGGCAGCACGAGACCGUCUAAAAAGACGAAUAAUAUUUUAAGAAAAGCAUAUUAAAAAAACUUAGAGUAAGAGAAACUGCAGGAGAAAGACUGUAUGAUCAAUAAAGACGCGUAGAAGUAAAAGGACAGUCUUUUUGAAGGAAAAAAAAGAAACGUUUUUUUUUCCUGUGAAAUUCCGGUGGUAAUUUUAGAAGCAUCCGGAUCCGGAGACAAAACGGGGUAGAAAAAAGAGGAAGGAAAAAAACAACACGAUAGAAAAAAGGACAAUUGGAAUAAAACCAAAAGAAAAGAAAUAUAGAAGAGGCAAGACCGAAAUGGGACAGGGCUUCUCGACUGGCCUGUAAGAAUGUAUCCGCUUCACAGAGAGAGGGAGCAGCCGAUUUUCAGUGCUAGAGCUCAUGUGUUUCAAAUCGACCCGACGACCAAGCGAAACUGGAUCCCAGCCAGCAAGCAUUCCGUUACUGUGUCCUUCUUCUACGAUGCUACAAGAAACGUGUAUCGCAUCAUCAGUGUGGGGGGCACCAAGGCGAUCAUUAACAGCACCAUUACUCCCAAUAUGACGUUCACUAAAACGUCCCAGAAGUUUGGGCAGUGGGCGGACAGCCGAGCGAACACGGUGUAUGGACUAGGCUUCUCCUCAGAACAGCAGCUUCAGCAGUUUUCAGAAAGGUUUAAAGAGGUGAAAGAGGCGGCACGCCUCGCGAGGGAAAAAUCUCAGGAUAAACCCGAGCUGAGCAACCCAGCGCUGAGCAUCGCUGCACCGCAGGAUAUGAUGGAGGACCUGCAGUCCCCUCCUGUCCUCUGCAUCAACGGCCCGGGCGAGGAGAAGCUGUACCGGAGCCAGAGCGCCGACAUCGAGCUGUCCUCCGAGAAAGAACGCAUCAAGAAAAUGCUGUCCGAAGGAUCAAUCUGUGAGCUGAGCUGGGAGGCAGAGUUGUUCACACUGCAGGACAGUAACUCCAAGCUGGUGGCAGCGCUGCAUGAAGCCAACGCCAAUGUGGAGCAGUGGAAGAAACAGCUGUCUGCCUACCAGGAGGAGACGGUGCGGCUGAGAGACCAGGUGGCUGAGCUGGAAGCGCAGGGGGCCCGACACGCUGCCUGUGACAUUGGCAAGGACGAGCUGAACCAGUCCCUGGAGGAGCUGGAGGCCGUGCUGAAAGCAAAGGAUGAGGAAAUACAUCACCUGCAGAGCAAGAAGUGUGAUUACAAUGAAGUGGAGCAAGAGAGGGAAGAGGCUGUGCAGAGGCUACAGGAGGUGGAGUCUCGUAACGCAGAGCUGGAGAGGCGCGUGCACGCGCUGGAGCAGACUCUAUCAAACUCCCUGGACGAGCGCAGCCGAGCGGAGAACGAGGUGCAGAGGAUCAUCGACAUCCUGGACGUCAAGAUCUUCGACCUCACUGACCUGCGACAGAGCCUGGCCACACUGGUCCACAAGUAAACUCCUGAGUGUCAGCAAGAUACAAGCACAGCACUCUGGGACCAGGCCAAGGGAGUCUAAAGCACAAAAUCCGUUAGCUCAAACUGAAUGUAGAACGCAGCGUUAACUAGGUAGUCGUAGCAUUCGGGAAGUCUUCUUACAGGUAGUUUCACAAGGCGAGAGUGUGCUGUUUAGAUGCUUAACCCUAGUACUGGCUGUUACAUUUUUCAGUGUUAAGAUUUGAGGACAGUUUCAGAAGUUUAAGAGAUCCCUUCACAGGGGUGUUUGUAUGUAUGAUAAAGGGCUCUGUGAUCAUAUAAUGGUGUGUCUGUUUUAAACUAAGUUAAGGAGCUCUGAUGUUAAUCUGGCUUUAAAAUGAUCUUAAAUGUGUAAACCGAGGCUUUAAAAACAUUACCGUAGCCUAAAGGAAGAAUUAAUAGGGUUAGGGUUAGCCUAAAGGAAGAAUGGAUAGGAUGUAAAAAACAAAUUCUCUCAUGCACAAAUCAUUCAUGGUUUUUCGUUUCUUCUUUAUUUCUGUUUUUCAUCCUUAAAACAUAUUUUUAAGUUUGAGCUCAGCAAGGUUCAUAGCAAUAUCUACUAAAGACCAGUUGUACUCUUUUUGCAUUAUCGAUAUGAGACUAAAGGUAAGAGAGUGAGACUAAUUUGAUUAUUAGUCUUGCCUUUAACACCUGACACCUGUGUGAGGGUCCCAGCUGACUGCUGAUGGGGUGGUUUGAGUUUGUUGCUGCUCCUAAUCAGAUGCAGUGAGUCUGAUGGGGUUUUUUUCCAUUUAAAGGGAAGCUUGCAUUGGUGUUGAUGGUGAGACUAAUAAUCAAAUAAAUCUAAACCUUUAGUCUCACAUUGAUGAUGCAAAAAGCCCUUGUCGAGUACUAACUAGAAGUCAUGGUCCUUAGUAGAUACUGCUCUGAACCUUGCUGAGCUUUUUAAAAAUAAGUUAAGGAUGUCAUUUAAAAACAAAAUAAGAAUCGGAAACCAAAUCCCAUGAAUGGCACGUGAAUGAAUGUAUACAGGUAUUGCACAAACAUGGAAGUCUCGCUUGAAUUGGAUGGAAUUCUUGUUUUUGCUUCUCAUUCUUUUUAUAGCAUUCUUAUUGGCUGUUCUAGAGUGUCUGUGCUCACAGGCUUCCAGCUGAAAUGUUAGUAUUGCGUAAGAAGCUUUACAUUUCAUUUCCUGAGUUUGCUUUUCUACUUGUUUAUGAUGUUUCUGUUAUCCUGAUUAGCAGUUUACUCAGAUACUGUGCUUUUAUUCAUCGUUGAGAAGUCUGUGUUCAGGAGCUUUGACUAUGAGAUCAGGAGCUGCUCUUCAUUAGUUACCUGCCAUAGACAUAUGUAACAUAGGCUAGAUCAGCACUGUCUUGUGCACAGCAGUUUAUUACCAGCAAAACUAAAGGAAACUUGAUCCAAAGUGGCAAAUCACAAGAUGGCUUGAACUUCUAUAGACACUUUGGCUGAUCUAGCCUGCGCCUCAGGUAUCUAUGACCAGCAACAAGAACUGAAGAGCAGCUCCUGAACUCGGGUCACCUUGACACAGUAUUUUAGGAAUUACACCAAGAAUAAUAGCACCAUACAACGCUGGAUGUUAGAAACAAAUCUAAGAAAAUGUAAUUUAGUGUGAAGUAACACAAAGAGAAUGUUAGAAAUGUUAAUAUUCUGUUUCUGUUUAAACGACUGGGCGUUAACUAUUGAUAACCAGGUAUUAAGGUGGCAUUGCUCAGUUAGUGUUGAAGGAAGGAGUAUAAAUUAUUUACAAUACCGUCUUUUAAAUGAGUGAAGCCAUGGUAUCUUAACUUUAUCACGAGACCCUGUAUUGAAUUGGAAAUAUUUCAGAGCUCCCUCGAUAAACAGCUGCUUCCUUAAUGUGCUGUAGGUCACCCGGUCUGAUUUGCAGCUUGACUACUGGAGUGAGUUUUACCUACAGCCCAUGACAUGAUUAGGUACCAGGAUGCAGCAGCAACUUUCCAUCUGUAGGUCAGAUAUACAGCAGUAAACCCUGUCGAAUCCAGCCCCUCUGUAUAAUUCAGCAUCAUGUUUAGGUCCUGACCAAAUCCCUGUUGAAUUGAAUGGUGUGAUAAUAUCUUUAGAAUAAUAUCUUUAUUUUUAUAUAGCACCUUUCAUAGUGGACCACCAUCACAAUGCACUUUACAGAGACAGGCUGUGAUCCCCUCAAUCCGGAACAUGUCUUUUCUGGAAUCCCCCAUGAUUUGUAAAAGUCCUUUCUUCCUAAAAUCAGUGUAAAUCCGACUGAGCGUCUGUCAUCGGCUGAUGUGGUUUUUGUUUUCUAGAUUUUAUAAUGAAAUACGGAAAUAUUUACAGUCGGCACCGCCUAAUCGGGAUCCUGAGAAUCGGGAUUUCUGCUUAAAUGGGAUACAACUCUGGGAGACGGUUCUUCCCAAUGCUAUUUAUAUUGUUUUAAUUGGGAUACAGUAUUUUCAAAUGUGAACGGAGCUCGCUUUUCAUAGCGACAGGUUUGCCUAGCACAGUGCAGCGAGUCCGUGAUUACACUGUGACUUGCGUAAACCACGUUGAACUUGAAGGAGCUGGAGUCUCAGGCUGCUGCGGCAAAGAAAGUUGGCGUAUGAUGGGAUUUCAUUCUUUUUCAUUUCGAGUUGAAAUAAAAAAGGGCGAUUUUCAUUUUGUUUAGGAAUUAUAUAUAACAUUUAAUCAUAAUGUGAUGCAAAUUCCAUGUUUUUCUUUUCAUUUACAAACAAAAAAGUGCGACUAAGGUGGUCUCAAAUGCCUCUCGUUUAAUUGGGACAGCCACUUAUUUGGGAUAUUUUUACCUCUCCCUAGGCGUCCCAAGAAAGCAGCUGCAAUUGUAUCCUUGAUUCCACAGUAAAAGAGACAGUAAAAUGAAAACGAAUGCAAUCCUAGAAUGACGCUGUACACCAGGACAGUAUUUCUACUGUAUGCACUGUAAUAGACUUUAAAGGGUUGACAUUUGUCAUUUUAUAUCUUUUUUUUUUAGGUGCAGUAUUAGAUUUCACAGCACCUCUGUAAUCCAGCACAGUGGGAUUUGGAAAUUGUGCUGGAUUAUACAAAUGAUGCUGGAUUAGACAGGCUUUACUGUACCAAAAGUAUGAAAGUGAAAUACAAUGUAAAGUCUUGGUUAGCACUCCUGUUAAUAACACUCAACACUAAAUGCACAGCAUUGGGGGAAUGAAAGCACAUUGCUUACUGCUAUCUGCUAUCUGAUAAAGGUCUUUAAAUGGCCUCAUAUCUAAACCACUGAAUCCGCCCGCCUCUUUCACUAGUUUAUUCUCCGAUGCUCUUUCAAUUGCAUGCGUUGUAUUCUUUUCCAAUAACUUGUGUCUAAGCAACUUCUUAAUGAGAACGUUUUUGUAGAUGACAAUGUUAAUUUAAAACUGACACCUGGAUUGUUAAUGUCGUAUUCCUUUUAGUGUAGAUUCAAGAGCUCUCUAAAAGUGCAUAAGGCGAAGCACAAGGCUAGUUUUGGUGUAUAUUUAAUUAUAGGUAGAACUUGUAUUGCUAUACAGUAUUGAUUUACAUUUACCAAAGAUGUCAUUCAGAAUGCUUUGCAUGCGCUAUUGCGCUGUAAGAGUAUGAUGUCUUGUGUUGUCUCUUUUUAAUGAAACUGGAAGCUGAUUUUUAAAAAAAAAAAUCUACAUUUGUAAUCUAGAAUGUUUAUUUUGAAGGGUUUAGUCCCAUGUGUAUUUAUUUAGUCUGAAGUGUAAGAAACUUUGUUAUUAAACAGAAUUAACCGGUAUUCGUAAAAGCGGAAAGCACAGUUGUAUAGAUUGCUAUGCUUUUGUCUCCUCAUAUUCAAGGUACUGCAGUCCGAUCCCUAUAAGAAACCCCUGUGGAGUUAUUAAGUGCACUCUCUGUUAGGAAAUCUCUGAAUCGUGUUGUAAUCAGAUAGGAAAUUGCCUGUUAGAAUUACUUUAGGAUUUGUAGUUCAAUUUCCGAAACGUUUAAGAAUACAUUUGUUUAAAAGGAUGUAUGUGGAUAUUUUCAGUACUUUCUCAGCUUCAUUAUACACACAUCGUUUAAAAAGGGGACUUUGACAAAACCAAUAUCACGUACUGCAUGUGGGAGUCUCUUGUGUAUUUAGGACUUAAAUUAACCAAACCUGGCAUUUUUAUUUUUCGUAAGUAGGUUUUUUAUCUUACAUUAUGGAGUCAUGACUGUUGUUGUUAAAGUGGGUUAGGGUUAGGGCUCGGGCUCUCUAGCUCUGUUGGCUGAUCUGGCCUAGCUUCUAUAUCUAUAUUGCAGCAAUGAGAACUGAAGAGCUGCUCCUGAGCUUGGUGAAAGCCCCUCCUCACAGACUAACACUACAAGAAAGACAUCAUUGCACUUGAAUGUACAGAGAAGGGUGACGAGGCUGAUCCCAGGACUCAAUGGACUGAGCUAUGAGAACACGUUCAAAUAAUUCAAUCUUCAGCCUGGAAGAGGGACUCGAUGUUAAGAAAAUCAUAAGUGGUUUAGACAGUGAACCCAUGUCACUACUGUACUUCAGAGAGGGCAUGGAAGCUUAGUUUAGAACAGAAGGUAGGAAUCACUUUUUACACAGAGUUUGAAAUACAUGGAACAUCCCACCAGGUGAAGUGUCUAAGACACUAGUAGCUCGAUUUAGCACUAGUAUUGGCCAAUCCAAUGUUACUUUAGGUAAGGGAGUCUGAGAUUCGUGCUAAUCAGGGUCUGUUUCAGGGGUUAUUUUCAGUAUUAGCUGGAUAAUAUAUCUGCAGUAGUUUUUUGCUUUUUAUAAUCAGCUAAUAGUUGUGCAAUGCUAAUUAUUUUUAGUAAUAGGCUCAGUUGACUAUUGCUAACUUUAUUUUGGUUCAGAAUGGAGUUACAUGCUGCUGUUCUGUGUUCUGUUCAGUUAAAAUGUAGUUCAGUUCAGGUCUCCCUCGCGCGAACGUCUAGUCCACAUCAUAAAGCUACUUUUUUUCAAUUCAAAUGUUCAAUAAAUGGUCAGAUUCCUUAAAGUUUACCACAGUAUCUUUGCAGUUUUGCCAUGUUUUUCAAAUGGUACUGUAAUACCAUGCGUUUGCCAUAGUUUACCCUGGUUUGCCAUGUUUAUUAAUAUCCUUUACCAUACUUUGCUAUUCUUUACAAUGCUUUUACUGUGGGAAACUUUUAAAGGAUCUUCAAGUGUAAUCAAUAUUCAAAAAAUGCAUCCAUCAAUAACCAUGUCUUCCCUCUCACUAGCUGUUUGGCUUGUGAUUGCCGGUCAGAUUCACUCCAGUGGCUGUUCUUACUGCAGUGGGACCAUGUGACUGGGUACAGAAAGCAGCAGUUUAAAAUAUGAUCUGUAAUUAAGGCCCUUGUAUUCUCACCAUCCCAGAGUAUUACCCCCAAUAUGUACCUGAAGGACUGGGAGGUUCAUUAUUCUCACUGGUUUUUAAUUCAUAUGAAUUUUUUUUUUUUUUUUUUUUUAAAUAAACAUUGAUAAAUUCCCAGAAAAUUUUAUAUGAAAUAAAAACCAAAAAAGGGCCUUGUCUAUAAUGCUGCAUAUGAAAUAUCUCCACUAAAAAAUCUUCAUGCAAUGCAGAUGGAAUGGGGGCAGAGAAUGUUUCUGAUACAGUAGCCCUUUUAAUUCUAUAUUGUUGUGUUCUAUCUGCAAAAAAACAAACGAGGACCAGUACAAGAAAAGGGUUAUUUGUGCAAAUAUUGAUUUAUUAUAAUAAAAUGGCUUUUACAAGAGUGGAUAUCACGCCUUCAAGAGGGGCAGUUCUUUCUGUCAUGGAGAUAAGGGAGGGGUAGCUUUUUCUAUACUUACAAAGCUGCAUUUUCAUAUGGGAUAUCUGGACCCUCUAUAUUACUGAGCAUGUUUAUUUAAAAUGGAAAGGUAUUUUGUUAUUCACAAGUGCACAAUGAGCACAAGAGUAGGCAUUGUUUCUUUUAAAGAAACACUUGAUUUUCACAGAAGGUUUCAUAGACUGGUUUUCAAUAAUAAGGCAAAGUCCAUGAUGAGUGCUAAUCAGGGUCUGUGAAACCAGCCUGUCCAAUUAAAUUUGCACUUACAAGUUUAAUAUCUAUACAUGUUUUCAUGAAAAGGUGGGCAGAAAAACUAUCAUCUUGGUACAGCUAAGUUGAAUUAUUUUAAAAAACAGCUUUUGACCAAUCAGGACAGAGUAUUUAAAAGUCCUGUUUCAUAAAGAAUAGAAUAACAAUUGGCAAUGAAAUGUUUAACCCUAAUUUCAUAAGUGUAUCCCCAGAAUCUGAUAUUAUCAAUAACUUGCACUAAUUCAUUUUAAUACCAAGUUUCAAGACAAUAAGCGCUUCUCCAGCUGUAUGGAAACAUGUGAAGUGUCACAUACGUAUGGAUUUUUUACACACAACUAAAAUACUGUUUUAAGGUGAAGGGUAAGUGUAUGGAUAUUUUUGGUGCCACUUUUUAUAGUCAUUGGUUUACAUGCGCUACCUCAAACAAGUAGAAUCAAAGGGUUGAGGUAAAGACUGAAAUGAAUGAAAAUUACUUACAGCUACUGGGCAUUCGCAGUUGGGAACAAAUAUUUCAUAUUUUGUAGCACUUCCAUGCAUAAAAACAGAGACUGGAAAAGGUGGAUAACGUAUAUGAAAGGCGUCAGGUACAAGUUACACGUGGUAAAUCUGUGAAAACUGGACGUAUAGUUUCAAACUUGUAUUUUUAAUUAACUUUAAUUUACAGCUUGUUAAGAUGAGUAAAUAAGAAUGUAUUGAAGAAAUGUGUAUUUAAAAGCAGUAUUGGUCUGUUUAGAAAUAUAUUUAAUCCAGAUUGCCAAUAAAGUAUUAAACUACAUCAAUAGUGUUAUGGUUUGAAAUGUAUGUUUCUUUUCUAAGGUUGAUAACAUAUACUGCCAGUUUCUUUUGUAUGUUUUCAAACUUGAACCGCGCUGCUCAAUGUUCUAUUUCUAGUCUGCAAUUUGUAGUUUCUUAACACUAUUGAAUGCAAUUCUGUAACAUUUAAGGUUCAGUAAAUUAGUAAAUAUAUUUUAAGAUUUCUAAUGUUUGCGGAAAAUAAAGAACGUACUUCUCUCGCUUUGUCUCCUUUUAUUAUAAGCAUCAGAAAGCUCACACAUAGGUUCAAUAUCCUAUUAUGGAAUUUAGAAAUACUAAAAUAAACAAUUAUAUCAAUGAAUUAUCAAAUUUAGGCAAAGACCAUCCAAUACAGUAUUAGCAAGAACAUCCCUUCCCCAACCAGGUCCUAUUAAUCAGACUACGGGUAAUACAUGUCAUGAGCUACCCUUGUAAAUACAAGUAAUAUACAUGCUUUCUGCUGUACUGCUGCCCCUAAGGGAAAUGAUACAGAAUUACUAGCUAUAAUACAACACUACAAAUUUUAAAAAAUUCAAAAGCAUCUUCAAUUUUUAAAUCCCAGAUUACUUUCAAAUACCAACCAGGGAUGCAUUCAAAAAUACUUUCUAAUCUGGAAAGUAUCUGCAACGAGGAAUACAUUUAAAAAUGCACUGUAUUGUGGAACACACGGGACAGGACUGCUACUUACCAUUU